CUCAACUCACUUCACUUCAGUUCACGGAGCUUGACAGAUCUUGGUCCACUUCACCGGCGGCCGGCGCAGCGAAGCGAGGAGGAAGGAGCAAUGGCGGAGCGCGGGAGCUACGUGCAGGUGCAGCACGGCGGGCAGUACGGCGCAGGGCAGCAGCAGCACGGGCACGGGCAGAUGGGCGAGCAGAUGAAGGGCAUGCUGCAGGAGAAGGCCCCGUCGGCGUCGCAGGCGCUGACGGUGGCGACGCUGUUCCCGCUGGGCGGGCUGCUGCUGGUGCUGUCGGGGCUGGCGCUGGCGGGCACCGUGGUGGGGCUGGCCGUGGCCACGCCGGUGUUCCUGCUCUUCAGCCCCGUGCUGGUCCCGGCCGCGCUCACCAUCGGCAUGGCCGUCACCGGGUUCCUCGCCUCCGGCGCGCUCGGGCUCGGCGGCCUCUCCUCGCUAACCGUCCUCGCCAACACGGCGCGCCAGGCGUUCCAGCGCACGCCGGACUACGUGGAGGAGGCGCGCCAGCGCAUGGCCGACGCCGCCGCGGCCGCUGGGCACAAGACGCAGCAGGCCGGCCACGCCAUCCAGAGCCGCGCCGAGGAGACGCGCGCCGGCCACACCGCCGGCGCCGGCGCCGGCGCCGGCACCAGGGCGUCGUCGUAAGCUGGAGGUAGCAGACCGAUGGAUGUCAGUCGGUCGGCCGCGCCGCCUGCCAUGUGCCAGUGCCUUCCUAGUACGUACGUGUCUAGGGCGUCCGUCUCCCCGAGCGAGGGCGCGUCAACGUGUCACGUGUGUGUGUGUUCGUGCGUGUCAGAGAGUGUGUGAUGUUUCUCUACUUGCCUGCCUGCCUGCCUGCCUGCUUAGAGUUGUACUACUGCUCAUGUUUGGAUGGAUCGAUCGGUUUAGCACCGAGUUUGUGAAUAAGAAAAGGCCGGGGCAGCUUCAGUUUGUUCA